UUAAAAUGGAAAUUCCUGAAAGCAUUCCCAAAGAAGCUGAAGAUACCACAAGUUCAGACGAGAGAAAUACAUCGCCGAUCCGCUGUAAAAGGAAGCACUUAUUCACAACAUGGAUUCACCGCUCCACGCCGUACGUCCUUCAAGAGCUAACGUUUACAGCUUGGCAGUCUUAUAGCUUUUUAUUCUUUCGUCUUGUCGUGGGAAUGAAUGCAAGUGGUUUUGGGUGGAUUUAUUUGGUGUCUCAGUUAACUAAAGUCGUUGUAUUAUCCAACGGUUGUAGUCAAAGAUCAACUGCAUCGACUUCAGGAGCUGCACGCAAAUGUACCCUCAGAUGUUGCAGAGGUUUAAAAAAUGCAACUCAUAUUUUAGCAUCGAUUGGAAUCUUAUUUUUCUGGCCUCUUAUUUUCGCUCCUUGCUUGACGUGUUCCGAAGAUGUUUCCGAAACUUUCGUGAUUUUUGCAUACGGCUUUCCCAUUUUAGUCUUCUCUUGUUGUUGGGCUGCUCUGGAACUUACGAAAAAUUCUCCGAACUUCGACUUCUCAUUGCGUUCAGAAUUGCAGAGUCCAGAGAAACGCUUUAUGAGCUUGCUGCGAAGCUUCACCCACAAAUCAACGCUGGGGCUGCUACUUCAUUUAGUGACGUGGAUUGUUUUAACCAAUGGCAAAGGAGAACACAUUUCACCUGCAAGUCAAGGCGCAUUUGCGAACCAGACAUUGUUUAUUCUCAUUGUCGGAUUUUGUGCCACUGUUUUAUACUACAUUACGUCGUACAAAACAUCAAAAAGGAUUCGCAAAGAAAGUGAUAAAAACAACGAAGUGGAACAGAGAGAAAAUCAUGCAGAAGAAAGUCGCCCCACUUCAACAUCAGCUCAAUCAAGCAUCGAUCAAGAUCGUGUUGGGCAAUGGAAACUGCAUUUCCAAGACAUGAACUAUAUGCGGUCAGUGUUUGUGUAUAUUCUGAGCUCUAAUGCGUCCGUUGUGACGAUGCUUCUUCUGCCAGUCUACCUGAUCGAGUCUAUACACUGCAACAAGCUCGCCGUGGCUUACUUUUCAGCCGUAGUGUUUGGUGGAUGGUCGCUUGCUCUCGUUAUUCUGGAAAAACUUCUAUCGAUAUUUGGCUGCAAGGUUCUGUUUUGCGCAUCAUCAAUCAUGAUGUUUGGUUCCAGUGUCUGGUUCUACACCCAGUCCUCUAGCUUAAACUACCUUCUCUACUUCCCUGCACUGACCUUUGGCUACAGCGCAUGCGUCAUGAUGAUCACAUCACAGACCAUGUUCUUUACGUCAUCUAGCUACCCCAGCUUGUAUUUGAUUGGUGCAGACGACUUCACAAAGACAUUGAAUGAGGUGUUCAAUGGGUUUGUGGUGUUCGCCAUCAUGCAAACGUUUCCACAAGGACAUCGAAGCCAGUCGUCACAAGAAUCUGGAGAAUUUCUACGCCUUGUCAUCUUUCUCGUUCCCGCCAUCCAGUCAGCAGUUAGUUUUGUCCAGGUCUUCUUCUACGCGCACAUACCAAACGAAAACUGCCAAAAGAUUCAGUAUAACAAGACACUACAACAGAGACUGGCUCUUCAAGAUAGUUCUCGUAAUGUUGUUAUCAAGCCGGAAGACUUGGAGAUACUUGAGGACCUGCCAUCUACUAAGCUUUAAUACCAAGGUUUUUUCAUUAUUCAAAACGUUUUUGCUGUAAUUCUCUCUAACAUCCCAGUCUGUCCCUUAUCUGUCUAUCUGUCUGUGUUUAUCUUCUGUUCAGUCGCUAAUCGGUCGAGCAAUCGCCGGUCGAGCAAUCGGUCGGUCUGUGGGUUGAUCAGUCACACAAUUGACACAAUCUAACACUGUUGUUUCAUUACCUUUCUCGAUACUGAGUAUAUUAGAAAUGACUAGUUGUUUUAAAUACAUCACUGCGUUGUA